UCAUCUGACUACGAAAACCAGGCUGCCUCUGACAGGUGUGCAUUUGUAUGUAGCAAGCAGGCUCAGAGGAUCACCCAGUUCCAGGACCAGCGGCCAGAUGUGGUGUCUGGAACGGCUCCUGAGGAACCGAGACGGGUUUCUCCCCGGGCUAAGGCGCCGAACCAAAGCGCGCUCGUCCACUGCAUGCGUGAACGUGCUCACUCCUGACCGCAUCCCAGAGUUCUGCAUCCCACCGAGACUGGAGCCUAACACAGCUUGGGCAGCGCUGCGCGAUGCCUGGGCUGCAGACGCGGAGAUGGACGACCACGCUGGUAGCACUGACUGGGACCCGCGCUCACAGGCCGCCCUCUCGCUGUCACAUCUGCCCCGCGCACGCACCGCCUACGGCUUCUGCGCGCUGCUCGAGAGCCCGCACACGCGCAGAAAGGAGUCGCUCUUCCUCGGCCACCCAGACGCCCCAGUCCCCAGGCUCGGACUUCGCCACCGAGAGCACACCUACGCAAGUCCGCGCCAAGUCCCGGACACCCUGUACCCCGCGCCGCAUAAGCCAGAUGCCGCCCGGGUCCUGGCGCCCUCUCCUGUUCCCAGCAGACGCCGCCUCCUGCGCGCCACAGAUAGACUGCUGAGGCUCGCGCUGUGGGCCCCUGGAGGUCGGACCGGCUCGCGCUCCCCGUCCUCCGGUGACAAGCUCGAACGCGCUGCCUCCUGCGCGCCCCCGGUCCCCGCGAGCCCACUCCCCGAGCGCCUGCAAGCCGAGGCCAGCGUGGCUCUGGGCCGCGGGGAUUGCACGCUACGCCUGGCCGCCGAGUACUGUCCGCGCAGCGCGUGUCUCCGCCUCCGCCUGUUGCGCGCAGAGGGCCCGGCCGCCGCGCUCGAACCCCGCGCCCUGGGCUGCCGCCUCAGCCUGGUGCUGCGGCCGUCGGGCCAGCAGCGCGCCAGCGUUCUCCGGCGCAGCCGCAAGGCCGCCCUGGACCAGGACUGCUGCUUUGAUGGGCUCUCGGAGGAGCAGCUGCGCCGCCUGGCCGUGCGCAUCAAGGCUGAGAGCAAGGGCCGCGGGCUGGAGCGUGGACGACCGCUGGGCCAGGGCGAGCUGCUGUUGGGCUCGCUACUGCUGCUCUGAGCCCGGAUUCCGUGGGAGCAAGGACACUGAGGGUCUCUUGGUCUUAAGAUGCACCAUAUUCUUGGACCUGGGACACUUGCAGACAGUCAUAGCUCUUGGUCCUAAAACACCCACAAUCUCUUAGGUCUUGAACCCACCCUCAAGGUCACUUGGGUUUGAGACACUCCCAACUCUUGG